AUGCGAGAGAGUAAUCUUGUAUCUAGGAACACUAUGACUGGUGUGAUGGUUCUAGCAGAGAUGUUUGAGGAGGCAAUUAGUUUAUUCAGGGAGAUGCAAAACCAAGGGAUUAAAGGAGAUAAUGUGACAAUGGUUGGUAUUGCUUCUGCGUGUGGAUAUUUAGGAACUCUUGAUCGUGCUAAGUGGAUAUAUGCUUACAUUGAGAAAAAUGACAUUCACAUUGACAUGCAACUUGGCACAGCUUUGGUUGACAUGUUUUCUAGAUGUGGUGAUCCUCUAAAUGCUAUCCAUGUUUUUGGAAAUAUGAAAAACACGAUUGCAUGGACUGCAGCCAUCAGAAUAAUGGAAGUGGAUGGAAAUGCAAAAGCAUGUGGUCAUGGUAGAAAUAUGGGCCAAGGAAGACAACUUUUUUGGUCAAUGGAUAAAACUCAUGGAGUGAUGCGGGGUUAUGUUCCUGAUACAACAAAUGUCUUAUUUGAUAUUGAUGAACAGAAGAAAGAGUAUUUGCUCAGCAGACAUAGUGAAAAACUAGCCAUGGCUUAUGGAUUAAUAAAUACUGGUAAAGGAAUACAUAUACGGGUAGUAAAAAAUCUAAGAAUUUGUUCUGAAUCUAGUUGUCACUCGUUUGCAAAAUUAGUGUCAAAACUAUACAGUAGGGAAAUAGCUGUUAGGGAUAAUAACAGUUAUCUUUUUUUCAAGGAAGGAUUCUGUUCUUGUAGAGAUCGGUGCUAA